AUGCCGUCUGUGAGUGAUGAUUUAACGGCGGAUGGCACUCUCACAGAGGCAUCUAUUACGCGGGCCUCACAGCAGUAUGAUAUUGAAGUUGUCUACACACUCACACUACGUGGUGUUGGCAUCUCUGCACUCGGCAACGCCUUCACUCGAUGUCUCGCCCUCACACACGUGGAUCUCACGCGGAAUAAACUGCAGAGUUUAGAUGGUAUUGCACUCCUGGCCCAAACACUACAGCAUUUAGUGGCGGCGGAGAAUGAAAUAAAAGAUGUGAGUGGGAUUGAUACUUGUUUAUUAUUAGAGCAUGUGCAUCUAGAGGGAAAUCAAUUAAGUAGUGAAACGGCAUUAGCGCCUUUAGCGGAACUUCCACGUCUUCGUUGGCUUGUUUUGCAGCGGGAAGUUCAACUGGACGGUAUGGAUGAACCACUGCUUCUUGAUAAUCCCAUUUGUAGUGAUAAGAAGUCGUAUGAAAAGAUCUUGCAGCGACGAUUUGCAGGAGUGUUGUGUAUAGAUGGACAUUGUAUUCGUGGACCCUCACCAACUAGUAUGGUGGAUACGGCGUUAAGUAAAUUACCAUCAUACAGUACAUUAGAUACGGAGUUACAAAAGGUGAAAGGUAACAGCAGCAGCGAUGAUGAUGAUGAUGAUAUUGAUGAACGUAUUUUUGCAAAUGCCGUUGCUGAAUGCCGUACGGCGUGUCAGAAGGCCUUAUCCUCGUAA